AUGAAGCUCGAUGAUGCCCUAUGGGCUAUUCGCACUGCAUUCAAAACGCCUCUGGAGCUGGAGCAUAAGGCAUUUUGGGCCAUAAGGAAGCUGAAUUUGGAUUAUGUUGCAGCAGGAGAAGUGCACUGCUUUCAAUUACUAGAGUUGGAGGAGUUUCGCAGAGAUGUUUACGAAAAUGCCAAAAUAUAUAAGGAGAAAACAAAACGAUGGCAUGAUGGGAGAAUCCAGCCGCGACAGUUUGAAAAAGGCCAGCAAGUAUUGCUGUACAACUCACAGCUGAAGCUUUUCCUUGGGAAACUCAAAUCUAGAUGGUCAGGACCAUUCUUAGUCUCACAGUGUACCCUCACGGAGCCAUCAAGGUGCAAGAAAUAG